CACACUGGACACAAGCCGUUGAAGUAUCAGAAAUAUGGAGAGAAGCCAUAUCGAUGUAACACAUGUGGAAGAGGUUUCAGUUAUCUUCAGUGUUUUGAAAAACAUGAGCAAAAUCACAAUGUUGAGAAACCCUACAAAUGUGAGGAAUGUGGGAAAACCUUCAUGUGGCUCAAAACUUUUCAAAGACACAUGAGCACACAUACUUUAGAUGGUCCUUAUAAGUGUAAGGAGUGUGGAAAAGCCUUCAGAUCUUACAGUGCCUUACAACCACACAGAAGAACACACAUAGGAGAGAAACCCUAUGAAUGUAAGGAAUGUGGAAAAACAUUCAGUAAUUGUAGGUCCUUGUAAAUACACGAAAGGUCUCACACUGGAGAGAAACCCUAUGAGUGUAACCAUUGUGGCAAAGCAUACAGUGCUCCCAAUUAUCUUCGGAAAGAUAAAAGAACUCAUAUUGCAGAAAAACCAUAUAAAUGUAAGGAAUGUGGAAAAGCCUUUAGAUUUUCUAAUUCCUUACAAACACAUGAAAGAACUCACACGGGAGAGAAACCCUAUGAAUGUAAAAAAUGUGGCAAAGCCUUCAGAUCUUCUGGUAACUUACAAACACAUGAAAGAACUCACGCGGGAGAGAAACCCUACAAAUGUAAGGAAUGUGAAAAAUCCUUCAGAUAUUCCAGUUCUUUACAAAUGCACAAAAGGACUCAUAAAGGAGAGGAAACUUAUGUAUGUAAAAAAUGUAGUAAAACAUUUAGAUAUCCCAGUAAUCUUCGAAUACAUGAAAGAAUUCACAGUGGAGAGAGACUCUAUGAAUAUAAGAAGUGUGGAAAAGCCUUUAUAUCAUACAGUUCCUUACAAACACAUUGA